GCGUGGAGGGAGCACGAGCGGCGGGGUGACGCGGCGAGUGGCUGGACCGGUACGAACCGGUAGUGCCUGGACCGGCUGAGCGUGUGACGUGGACGGGUGGAAGUCUGCCGGCUGCCGGUGGAGGGCUGCCGGCGUCAACGGUGGUCCCGCAGGCGCCGUUGGCUCGCUUUGAAGCCGGCGCCAGCGGCGUCACGAGCGCCGCGGGUCAGAGGUGAACAUGCCGCCGGUGCGCGGCGUCCGCACGGCUCCGCCACUGCCGCUGCCGCCGCUGCCGCUGCUGCUGCUGCUGCUGUGUGUAGUGCCGGGGACCGUCUCCGGCACCCAAACGAUCACCAUAGGAGGAUUCUUUUACAAUGCCAACAACACGGAGUCGCUGCGGGAGGUGGCCUUCCGCCAGGCCAUCGAGAAGGUCAACGCCGAGGCGGAGGCGUCCCGGAGGUCGAUAGCGUUCGCGUACCAGGUGGAGCGCCUCAGCACCACCAACAGCCUGCCCGCCUCCAGACGAGUGUGUGACGCGCUGCGGAGGGUGGGCAUGGCGGCCAUCUUCGGGCCCGACCUGGAGCCAGCCUCGGGCCACGUGCAGUCCAUCUGCGAUGCCAAGGCGAUUCCACACGUGCAGACGCACAUGCGGGACACCAGCGUGCAGAAGCAUUUCUCCAUCAACCUUCAUCCGCACCCGGGCGCUCUCAGCAAGGCGUACGCCGACAUCCUGGAGAUGAACCACUGGCCGGUGUUUGCCGUGCUCUACGAGGACAACGAAUCAUUGCUCCGGCUGCAGCAGGUGCUCAAGCUGCCGCAGUUCGACAACCAGUUCCAGAUGAGCGUGCGCCAGCUGCCGGCCGACGGCCACUACCGGCACGUGCUCAAGAGCGUCAUGGACUCCAAGGUGCGCCACGUGGUGCUCGACUGCAGCGCUGGCCACGUGCACACCGUGCUGAAGCAGGCGCAGCAGAUCGGCAUGAUAACCAGCGAGUACAGCUUCUUCAUCACGUCGCUGGACCUGCACACGGUGGAUCUGAAGGACUUCAGCUACAGCGGCGCCAACAUCACCGGACUGCGUCUGAUCGACCCGUCCGACCCCAAAAUCAUCAUGACGGUGCGAGAGUGGAGGGAGAGGCAGCGUGAGCAGGGCGUAACACGCCAGCUCCCUUCAGCAUCCAGCGCAGCCUCCCCUCUCACCAUCCACGCCCGCUCGCUCAAGACGAGUGACGCGCUGCUGUAUGACGCGGUGCACGUGUUGGCCGCCGCCGUGCGCGACCUCAGCACGCCGCUGGACCUGUCGGUGACGCCGCUGGACUGCGCUGGCGAGUUCAUGUGGGCGCACGGCGACUCGCUCAUCAACUACAUGAGAAUGGUGAAACAGGACGGCCUGACGGGCCGCAUCGAGUUCGACGCCGAAGGCCGGCGCACCUUCUUCAGCCUGGACGUGGUGGAGCUGAAGGAGUCGGGCCUGGUGAGGCUGGGCAGCUGGAGUCCACGCGGCUCCAACAUGACGCAGCGGGCCAGGCCUGCCGUCCAGGACCAGAACCGCACCGUCGUCAUCACCACCAUCCUGAAAGAUCCGUACACGAUGCUCAAAGAGUCGUCCAUUUUGAGGAAGGGCAACGACCGGUUCGAGGGCAUUUGUGUAGACAUCAUCGACGAGCUGUCCAAAGAGCUCAACUUCAACUACUCAUUUCAUCUGAAUCCCGAUGACACACCAGGGCGUCCCAACGCGAAGACAGGAAAGUGGAACGGCAUGAUCGGCGAACUCCUGGAGGGCAACGCCCACAUGGCUAUUACCGAUCUGACCAUCACGAAGAGUCGCCAGGAGGUGGUGGACUUCACCAUGCAGUGGCUCAGUCUAGGCAUCGGUCUGCUCUACACGAAGCCGGUACGCCAGCCGCCGAACCUCUUCUCCUUCCUCUCACCACUGUCGCUGGAGGUCUGGAUCUACAUAGCAUUGGCUUACCUGGGCGUGUCCGUGCUCAUGUUUCUGUUAGCCAGGUUCACCCCUUACGAGUGGGAUCACCCGCAUCCCUGCCACCUGAACCAGGACGUGCUGGAAAACCAGUUUAACUUUUUAAACGCGCUGUGGUUCUGUAUUGGAUCGCUGGUGCAGCAGGGGUGCGACUUUCUCCCCAAAGCCGUUUCCACCAGAAUGGUGGCAGGAAGCUGGUGGUUUUUCACACUGAUCAUGGUCUCCUCCUACACCGCCAACCUGGCCGCCUUCCUGACGGUGGAGACGCUCGUGUCGCCGAUCUCGAGCGCCGAGGAUUUGGCGCGCCAGACCGAAAUCAAGUACGGCGUCCAGGAGAGCGGCGCCACUGCUCAGUUCUUCAGAGGCUCCAGGAUAUCGCCGUUUGACAAGAUGUGGUCUUUCAUGGAGUCCCAGGAGCCGUCAGUGUUCGAGAAGACGAGGGACGGCAUCAACCGCGUGUCAACCGCUGCCGGCAAAUACGCUUAUUUCAUGGAGUCCUCAACGAUCGAGUACACUAUAGAGCGCCGCUGUGACCUGACCCAGGUGGGCGGCCUCCUAGACAACAAGGGAUACGGUAUUGCAGUGAGCAAGUGGUCCCCGGUGUCAGCAUCUGAGCUGAGCGAGAUCAUCCUGAAGAUGCAGGAGGACGGCCGGCUCCAGCGCCUGAAAACACUAUGGUGGAAAAACAAAAAAGAGGGCGGCAAAUGUCUGGAGCAGAACGCGAAGAAGGGCAGCGUGUCGGCGCUGACGCUGAAGAACGUGGGCGGCGUGUUUGUCUGCUUGAUGUGCGGCGUGGCGCUGGCCGUUGUCCAGUCGUGCCUCGAGUUCAUCUGGGCCGUGCGGAACCAGGCGGCGGAGGAGAAUGUGCCGUUCGCCAGCGAGGCCAUGAAGGAGCUCUCCUUCGUGUUCCGCUUCCGGGGGAACACCAAGCCGGUGCGACGGCCGGUGACCGUCGACGAGGACGAGGCCACCAUUCCAUUCAGCACCAACAGCUCGGGCCAGUACGCCGCCAGCGGGUAUGGCUACACCAGCCGCAGCUGAGCAACGAGCCGCCGCCGCACAACUACCUAGCCGGCAUGCAUGCGGGACGGAGCCCGAACUGGCCGGGACGGAGGCGGGACGUGGCCGGGACAGAGGCGGGACGUGGCCGGGGACGAGCUCAGGAGCGCGCUGAGUGGCCGAGGUGAAGCGCUUGGGACCUGUGGUGAUACAGGGCGCAGGUCGUGUUUAGAUGCGGCGCGCAGCGACGUUUUACGGAGGUGCGACGAUAUUGAAGUGCCUACGGAAUGAGAGCGGUGGUGUUGCUGAGGUGUCUACAGAGUGAGAGCGGUGGUUCUGCUGAGGUGCUUGCAGAGUAAGGGCGGUGGUGCUGCUGAGGUGCUUACGGAGUGAGGGCGGCGGUGCUACUGAGGUGCUUACGGAGUGAGAGCGAUGCUGCUGCUGAGGUGCUAAGGGAAUGAGAGCGGUGGUGCUGCUGAGGUGCUUACAGAGUGAGAGCGGUGGUGCGCGCGUGUGAGCGAUAGCAAUGCUUGUUCCCUGGGCGGUAGUAGGGUGCGAUCACGGCCGAAGAUGCAGCGCUGGAGAUGCGGCGCUGGGUAUGCACCAUGGAAGGCCAAACGGGACAUCAAAGUGGCAUGUAGAAUCGAUGACGAGACAGAAGAAUGUUUUACCUCGUGGAUCGCACAGAGAAAACUGGACACGGAGAAGUGACGUGGUAAAAGUGCAAACUAAAUGAAAAGAGACGUAAACUAAGUACGUCUGAGUGGGCUUAGGUAGCGCCGAACCUUGGCUCUCGAUAGGUUCCCUUACUAGUGAAGCACAUGCUCACGUUAGCACAUAUCCACGAUGUGGCAAUAUUUACGUUUGAAUGGUGUCAGUUCCCGGAUCUGACACGUCUGUGUAGUCAGCUCAGUGACUGAAUCCUAACGGUAUUGUCAUUAUUCUCAUUCGUCUUAAUUCUGAUGAUAGAGAACUGCGUCAUAGAGUUGUGAUGCCUCAGUAAGUGUGCCAUAUAUAAACUGAGUCUUUACUGAACCAGUUGUCGAAGUUCGUGGCUCGGUUGCUUUUGCGCAGUUGCAGAUUUGUGCCUGUCAGUAGGGUGAUUAUUACCACAGUUGCAGAUCUGUGUCCGUCAGUAGGGUGAUUAUUCCCACGGUUGCAGACAUGUGCCUGCCAAUAGCGUGAUUAUCCUCACAGUUGCAGAUCUGUGUCCGUCAGUAGGGUGAUUAUUCCCACGGUUGCAGACAUGUGCCUGUCAAUAGCGUGAUUAUCCCCACAGUUGCAGAUCUAUGCCUGUCAGUAGGGCGACUAUCCCGCAUGUAGAGCUUCUUAUUUCAUAUAAACAUGAACUUAAGAUCAAUAAUUGACCCUGGCAGAUAGCAGGCGUCCUUUUUCACGCAUUUGAAUGUCCUGUUUCGCGCUGCGAAAUACACGCCGCGCUUGAUGUGCACCCGUCCACUAGUUACCUCCGCGCGCGCAGCAGACGCCGAAUGGCUAUGCUACGCGGCAGCCGAUGUGCGUGCAUCGCCUCACUCCGAGAUCGCGCCAAACCCAAUACCUCAAUGGUCCCCUCAUGCCGCUUCAGAUGUCUGUAGAGAGCUGCGUCUUCAGGCGUCCCAGUGUAGCCAUGUUGCUCUGUCACAGAGAUGUUUGUAUUUUAACAAUGGUGACUGGGCGGCGCAGGCGUUUUGACUUGGACAUCCGUUGUUCUCUGUGUAGCCGUUGAGCCGCUCCGGCUGAGUGUAUAAGCGACCUUUUUGACAACACAACUUCAUGUACGUUAUGUUGGAUGUUUUCGCUGCGCGGAAGUGUCAGAGUCGGCACCGAAAAUAAGAUACAAGAAUCAAUGCAGCAUAAUCGUCUUAGUAGCCGAUGCCGUUGUCGAAUAGUCUAGGUUUUCCAUGACGUCAGUGGGGCGUCACAGCUUUGUCUAAGGCAUGCCAAUAUCACCGGUG